UAAAGCUAAUUAGCUUGAGAAGCUAACUGACAGACGGCGCUGAGCUGCCGCUGGAGACACAUUAAACCUCUGAUAUGGAUAUAAAACCAAGUUAUUUACAUUAACGGCAACAUAAAGACGUCUCACCGACACACGGAUGACCUGAAAAACUGUCGAAACUCGUGAAGACGUUAACUUAAAAUAAGCAGCCAUGAGCAUCAACCCUGCUUUUGUCCAGAUGGAGGAGGUCAGGAGGAGAUUCCAGUCCCUCCUCUCCUCCUCAGGCUCGGUCCAGGAUGUGAAGGCUGAGGUCCAGACCAUGGCCAGCAUCCCCUUGCCUCUGUCGGAGAAGUACCGGCACUUUGGAGCGGAGGCCAUGCUGAGGGAGAACACGUCCGGCCACAACAGACAGGAGGUUCUGGAGUCUUUGAACAGACUGGUCAAGGCCUUGAGUAUCCUGGAGAAGUACGGCUGUAACCUGACGAGUCCCGCCAGGCCCAGAUACUGGAGGAGCGUCAAGCACAACAACCCCGUCUUCAGAACGACAGUGGACGCCGUCAUGGGAGGGCGGAGAGUCCUCUACCUGUACGGUUACACCAAUCAGCAGGUAGAUGGCCUCAGCUUCCCCGAUGAAGUCGCUGAACCAGACACUGAAAAAGUCGCUGCAGUGACGCUGGAGGUCAUGACGUUGCGCACAGAGGUGGACAUGCUUAUUAAGGGCAUCCAUCCUCACCUAGAAUACUUCAAAGAUAUCAUCCCAUUUCUCAUCCAGCAGGUCGGUACAAACAUAUCCAGUGGCUGCAAACACAAAUACCUUCUCAGAUAUGGCUUUUUCUUUGCCACUCUGCCCUGA